AUGGCUAGCAGGAGAACCGCAAGUCAAUUUCUAGUUCUUCUUUCCCUUCUUUUGUUAACUAAAUCAGUGUUCCUUCAAGCUGCAGAGUCCAACUCUAGUUCUGUGAAUAUUGGCAGCUGUAUUGAGAGGGAGAGGAAAGCAUUGCUUGAAUUCAGAAAAGGUCUCAAAGAUCCUUCAGGUUGGCUUUCGUCUUGGGUUGGAGAGGAUUGUUGUAACUGGACCGGGAUAAGCUGCAGCAAUAAGACGGGCAACGUUGUCAAGCUUGACCUCAAAAGUCUUGACGUUUGCAGCUCGGUAGGAGAAAUUCAAGCAGAUAACAACCGAUCAUGCCUGGGCGGUACGUUAAAUCCAUCUUUACUUAAUUUGACAUAUUUGAGUUACCUGGACAUGAGCGGGAACAAUUUCCAAGGAAUUCCUGUCCCAGAAUUCAUAGGUUCACUCAAGAACUUGAGGUACCUUGACCUCUCGGGAGCUUCCUUUAAUGGCAAGGUUCCUCCUAGUCUCGGAAAUCUGUCUAACUUGGAAUAUCUUGAUCUAUCGAUGUAUUUGUUCCCUUUGAGGCUAUGGGCUUCAGAUUUAAACUGGCUUUUUGGUCUCUCUUCUAUUAAAUAUCUUGAUCUUGGCAACAUGAACCUUAGCAAGGCAGCAACUAAUUGGUUGCAAGCUGUUAAUAUGCUUCCUUCCCUGACGAAGUUGCGCUUGUCGGGCUGUGAACUUAAUGGUUUCCCCGAGUCUUUGACAUUUGUAAAUUUUACUUCCCUUGCAGUCCUUGAUCUCUCUUAUAACAACUUCAGCUCUUCAAUACCUCGCUGGUUAUUUAAUAUAAGCACCCUUGAGGAGGUUGAGUUAUAUAACUGUGAAAUUAAAGGUUCCAUACCCAAGGUUUUAAGGGGAAGCCUGUGCAACCUAUGGAGGAUGGAUCUGUCAUAUAACGUGAUUAGUGGCGAAAUAAAUGAAUUCAUAGAGGCUUUGGCUGGGUGCAGCAAUAAUACCUUCGACUACUUAGAUUUGAGUGCAAAUAAUCUCAAAGGAAACUUGCCUGAGUCCUUGGGCUUCCUAAAGUGUUUAGACUACCUUCGACUAGCCCAAAACUCAUUCUCAGGUUCACUCCCAAGGUCAAUAGGGAAUCUGUCAAGUUUGACAGUGGUGGAUCUAUCUUUCAACUCAAUGAAUGGGACAAUUUUAGAAAGCAUUGGACAACUCAAAAGGCUAUAUGAACUUAAUCUUUAUGGAAAUUCAUGGGAAGGGAUCAUCACCGAAAAUCUUUUUCAGAACCUCUCAAGAUUAUCCUCUUUUUACAUAUCAUCCACAAGCAAAUCUGUGAUCUUCAACUUGAGACGAGAUUGGAUUCCUUCUUUCAGUCUUGAUUACAUCGCAGUCAGUGAUUGCCAAUUGGGUCCUGCAUUUCCAUCAUGGCUUAGAACUCAAGUAGAUGAUUCUACACUCACACUUUCCGGUGCCGGUAUUUCAGACGCCAUACCUGAUUGGUUUUGGAGCCUAACAUCUCGGCUUUGGUGGGUGGAUCUUUCUGAUAACCAAUUGAGAGGAAAGCUUCCAUAUUCAGUUAGCUUUGUUUAUGAUAUCGGAGUGUGGGUAGAUCUAGGAUUCAACCUCUUGGGGGGUUCAAUCCCUCUAUGGCCAAAUGUUACAGAUCUUUCUUUGAGGAACAAUUUUUUCUCUGGACCAAUUCCCUCAAAUAUAGGCCAAGCAAUGUCUAAAGUGAGAAACCUGGAUCUUUCCAGAAAUUUUCUUAAAGGUAGCAUUCCCCCUUCCAUUAACAAAAUGGAAAAUUUGAGCUUUCUUGAUCUUUCAAGUAAUGAUUUAUCAGGAAUAAUUCCCAGCCGGUUGCAGGGCUUGAGAAACUUAAUGGUCUUAGAUUUGUCCAAAAACAAUCUGUCAGGUGGCGUUCCUAGCUCUCUUUGUUCAUUACCUUCUUUCAUCUUUUUGAAACUGAGCAGUAACAAUCUCUCUGGCGAGCUCUCUACAACCUUGCAGAACUGCUCAGGGUUGUUAUCUAUUGAUCUUGGAGAAAAUCGAUUUUCUGGGACAAUAUUAGACUUGGUAUCAGAUAAUCUGUUCUCUUUAUCAUACUUGGGAUUAAGAGCCAACAUCUUGACAGGCAGCAUUCCUGAACAACUUUGUAAGUUUCCCAAUCUGCACAUUAUAGACCUUGCUCAGAAUAAUUUAUCAGGGGCUAUUCCUGAAUGCUUGGGCAAUUUGGAAGCUUUUACCUAUUUGGGUCCUUUUUUCCAUGAAUUACCCUCAACCCAGCAUAUCUCAUUCUCACAGCACGUGGAGAUAGUGUCGAAAGGUAGAAAAAAUGAAUAUAGCAAGAUAAUUCCACUCGUUAACGCCAUUGACCUAUCGAGCAACAAUUUAGUGGGAGAGAUACCAGAUCACAUAACAGAGCUCUCAGCCUUGGGCACUCUGAAUUUAUCAUGGAACCAUUUGACUGGGAAGAUACCGGAGAACAUUGCCAACUUGCAACGGUUGGAGACACUUGACCUCUCACACAACAAUCUUUCAGGCCCAAUUCCUCCUAGCAUGUCCUCAAUGACUUUGUUGAACUAUUUGAAUUUGUCAUUUAACAACUUAUCGGGACAGAUUCCAAGUAGCAACCAGUUUCAGACCUUCAAUGAUCCUUCCAUAUAUCAAGGGAACCCAGAGCUCUGUGGUCCUCCAUUGUCAACCAGCUGCUCAUCUCCGAGAAAUGGAUAUGGAGAAGAUAAAAAUGGAGACUUGGAAGGUGAAGACAGAUCUGAAAAGCUAUGGUUCUACACGAGCAUGGCGCUGGGAUUCGCCACAGGAUUUUGGGUCGUUUGUGGCAGUUUGACAAUCAAACGGCCAUGGAGACAAGCCUAUUUCAAGUUUGUUGAUGAAAUGAAAGAUAGGCUCUUUGUGGUCAUUGCAGUGCGUAUAGCUCGUUUCCGAAAGAAGGUUGUGGAAGGACGAUGACGUGCUAAGGGUAAUAAAUAAUAAUUAAAUAAAGUUUGAGUAUCCUUUACAUUUUCACUCUUUUUUUUUUUUUGAAUAACGUUUUACUUCCUCUAGUUGUACCCUAACGACCGCAGCCGAGUGAUGAAGGAUGAUACUUGUGAGCACGAUGCACUUCAAAAGAUUGUAAUGGUCAUGAAAUAAAUUGUUGACUCACCUUGUUUCUAUA